AUGUUUAUGAAAAACUAUAUCUGUGCGUUACUGUUGUUCUACGGUGUCGUGCCAGUGUUAUGUCAAGAAACUAGCAACAGUGAAAUUACAAGUUUAAACGAGAAUGACCAAGACAGGGACAAAAGGAACAUAGACAAUAUUUUAAGAAAUGUCGCAGACGUUUUCGGCUACGAUGUCCAAAAAAGACCGACCGCGAUACCUCCUCCCCCUCCACCACCACCACCAACACAACCACCUCCUCCUCCACCGCCUCCACCACCUGUUCCUAGAGCACCUCCAGCCAAACCACCACCACCAGCUCCUAGACCACCGCCACCUAGACCUCCACUUCCUCCAGUCAUCACUCCUCCCCCUCUAUUAACGGAAAACGUAAGAAAAACUUUUAGCAUCAACUUUAAUUGGAAUAGGAACCUUCAAACUCCGCCGCCACCAGCGCCACCAGCACCCCCUGCACCCCCUGCACCCCCUGCUCCACCAGCUCCCCCAGCACCUGCAAAACCAGCACCACCUCCACCACCACCUCGUCCCGCACCAAAACCUGCUCCUGCCCCUCCUCCACCACCUCCUCCACCACCUCCUCCACCUAAAAAACCACCUCCAAAAUUACCCCAACCGUACGUUGAUUAUGAAGAACAAAACGAGCAACAAGACUACCAGGAUCAACCCGAACGAAUCCAAAUCGAGUUCCCGGAUUAUUCCAAUGAGGACGAAACCGAUAGGAAACGUGACGUGCACCUACAAUUAAUAGACAAAGAACACUCGAGGGAGAAGUUUAAACAGGAGUUUGAUAAUUUUUGGGAGAAUAGUCCUUUUAGUGUCGAGAACGGAUACAAAUUUCUGUCGCCACCUGGACCAGACUAUCAAGGAAAUUUCGCAGCGUCUUCUGAUGAUGGUUUAAAGCACAAUCAUGUUAGAAGUGCUGACGAUUAUUAUGAACAACCGUAUUAUUUGGAGAAACCAUUAUAUAAUAAUUAUUAUACCAAUAAGAAUUUAAAAGAGAGUGGCAAAUCUGUAAGCGAACACGUUUUGGAUUAUUAUGGUCAGAAGUUCGCGAAAGAUGCUGAGGAGAAACGACGGAAAGAAAAACCUAGCCAAUAUAAAGAAAUUGGUAAUGACGAAGUAGAUACUGUAGAAUAUUUAAAUGAACCCUAUAGAGAUUAUGGAGGACAAGAUCAUGAAGAUUAUAAUAGUCAAUACAAUUAUGGCAAAGGAGGCGAAAGUGAUAAAUUCAGAAAUAACGAAGAAUUAGAUGAAGUUGAAAUGAUUGAAGUUAAAGGUACGGGAGGAAAAAGUGGCAAAUAUGAAUACAAGCAACCAGUUAAAUAUAACAAUCCAGAUGAAAAUUUUGCUGUAGAAUAUAUAGGACAAAAUUCUCAAGAAAAAGAAGAUAUUCGCAAUGACGACAAGGAUGAUGACAAAAAAAUUGUAGUAAAAAUGAAUGUUGUCAAUCAUAUUCAAGAUGUUAUAGAUAGAGAGAACCAGAAAGAGAAAGAGCAGGAAAAUAAUGAAGGGAAAGAUGACGACAGAGAAAGCACUCGGACAGUAGAACAAAAAAAGGAGAAGGUUAAUUUUGAAGUAAGUUUGAGGGAUUUAGAGAAGUUUAUUGGUGAGCAUUUUAAAGAAAGCGUCUCAAGAAAUAAACAAAUGAAUAGAAACCAAGAUCGUCAACCAAGACUUGAAGGUAAUGAUUGCAAUAAAAGAAGAAAACCACAAAACAGAACAGAACCCAAACCAACUAAAUCUAGCAUCAUAAAACAAUUAGAAAAGUUUAGUAGAAAUUACAAAAGCUCCUCAAGAAGGCCACCAACAUCCCAGCCGCAAAGGAAUAGAACACAAACCGAAGAGACCAAGCGGAAAACGGUGGUAGUUCAGCCUGUUUUCUCAGGAAUAUUGAAUUUUGAUGGAUUGAACGAACUACAAAAAUCCAACAAACCUUUUGUGGUGCCAAUUGAAAUAGAAUACAGUGGGAGUCAAAAAAAGUAUUCGAAAACUCCGGUGAAAUAUCAAACGAGCGGCAAAAUUCGAGUGAGACGUUAUUUGGAUUUUGCUGAGUCCAAAAAGGAGAAAAAAGAUUGGUACGUUCCUGAUCGAUAUUCUGAGGAAUAUAAUUAUGAAAUACCUGAACCGGAGCCUAUGGACUAUGCAAAAUUAGAAUCCAAAGAAUAUAUGGAUGUCAAAGACGACGAUUUGUCAAAAAAUGCUAAAAUUAUUAACAAAGAAUCAGGCACGAAGAAGAUGAUUAUAAGAGUCAAGCAAAAUAUUACACAAUCAUAUUAG